AUGUCGAAGAAAAGGUCCGACGAGGGCAUCACCAAGCAUUUGUCCUGCCAGAGGUGCCGUAUAAGAAAAAUUAAGUGCAUUCAGGAGCACCCUUGUGCUAGUUGCAUUAAAGCAGGUGUGGAGUGUGUUCCAGUGACUGAUGACAAACGUAGUAAGAGACCAGCAGCAAACUAUGUGACGGAGCUUGAAAUUCACAUAUCCAAGCUACAAUCCAUUUGGGAGCGGUUGAAAGGUGCAAGCCCUAGCGAAAGAGAGAAGUUGUUGAGCAGUGUUACGGAUUUCCUGAAGGUGCCGUCAAGGAAGAUCAAGACUGAAGACUCACAGCAAAGAGAAAUAGACAUACCCAACUCUGCCACUGCGGCAGCUUCAGCUUCUGCUACGUCUUCCAGUUCCUCCUCGACGAAGCCUGACAACUCUGUAUACGGUCCAACAAGCGUGUACCACAAUGACCUAAUUACAAACCCCACCUUGCACUUGAAGCACGACGAUUCUACCAUCAAGUCGCUCAACAAGGACCCCGAUAUUCUCCACUGUAUAAAGACAUUCUUUACAUGGCAGUACCCGGACCACAACAUGUUCCUAUUCCGUGAAGCAUUUUUAAUUGACUUCUUCAACCCCAAGCCCAACUCCUUGUACUGUUCCAAGGCACUCAUCUUAUCGAUCUGUGCACUUGGUUCCAGAAUGUCCGAGAUCGACAGGAUCUUCGAGAAGUCCCACCUGUACUACACUGAGGCCCGAAGCUUGCUCCUAUCCAAGUUGGACCACCCGCUGAUCACAUCCUUGCAAGGGUUUUUGUUGCUAUCGUUCUACGACAUUUGUAACGGGUCGAACUCGUCCAGCUGGAUGCUCUCCGGGAAUGCCUUUAGGAUGGGCUACGAUAUCGGAUUUCAGUUGAACCCCUCGGUGUGGUUCAUGAAGUCGAGGGACGGUGACAACAAACUCUCCAACCUUGAUAUUGCGAUCCGUAGCAGAAUCUACUGGGGGUCCUACAUGGCAGAUCAUUUCAUAAGUCUUCUACUUGGCAGACCGUCGCUAUUGAAGAUGUCUGAAGCAUCCAUACCCGAGACUGACUACUUACCAGACUUAGAGUGGAUUGAUGAGUUCAUGUACCAGGACCCUACAAACAAACAUAAAGUAAAAGAAGAAAUGUCCAACAUAUCUCUGCCAUUGAAGAAUAUCAUCAAGUUAAUAAACAUUUCUGAUAGCAUGCUUACAGAUAUCUUCACGAGGUCGGAAGCUGAAACCGCAGACACUGACGAGGACCUUGAUAUAUCGUCGAGGUUGGAGAAACUCUCUCAGUAUAACAACAAGAUAAUGAAGUGGAAAGAGGACUUGCCCAAAGAUUUGUCUUGGGAUAGAGAGCUGCUAGGGAAGUCUGGAGAUAACCCGAUCUUCCAGUGUAUAAGAUACUACUACUACAUCUUGAUCCUAUGUCUCAAUAGACCGUUCAUAGGAGUGGUGAACAAGAAGAAUAGCAGCCCCACCUCCAGUAGCAGGCCGCUGCCCUCAGAUAUAUGCGAAGCUGCUAUCGGCGACUUACAUAAGGCGAUAUCUAGGUUCCAAGAGGUUCAUGGAUUGAGGAAGGCUUCAAUAUUCAUAGUCUACUGCUCGAUCUUGGCAAUCUCAGUACUAUUGCUCACCAACACAAGCAAGCAGUUGGUGGACGAUAAAAAGACAAAGCUUGACUUCUUCAUGAAUGUGCUAAAAAGGUGCUCCAAGACCUGGAACUUGGCAGAGAAGUCUUACAAGCUCAUUAAAAUCAAAUUGAAGUCUCUCAGAGAAGAGGAAGAGAGCAAUAACAACCACGUUCAUUCUACAACUGCGUUCACAAAUCUGAGCUUUACAUUGCCGAGAGCACAGUCUCCAGACAUCAAGGUGGAAGACUCAGCGCCUCAGUAUGGAGCAGCUUCUCCAAGAACUUACAACAUCAACAGAAGAACAUCCAUUGCCUUUCUAAAUGAGUUGACCAGGGAAAAGGAGAUUGAAAAUGUCAACUAUCAAAUCUUAAACAACCAUAUACACAUGCCCCAAAACCACUUGAAUGAGCCCUUUGUGCAAACUCUACACAACACCACUUCCAGCAACCAAGGCGGGCCAAACGCUAACAUUAAUAACAGCCCCAGUGACAUCAAAACGGCUUCUUCACUCGAGGCAGAUGAAAACUUAGACUUCUUUGGUGGCCCUCCAGUACUUAUGACAUCGGAUCUCUUCAAUGAAGACUGGGAAUCCUUGUUCCCUGAUUACAUUUUCAACCCCCACAACUAA